AAACCUUGGGCGUUGUCACUACGCUCCACCUCUGUUUCUAUUCCCUUUCCCAGCUUUCCCUUGGGGCGAGAUCGCGGAGCUCCGAGAGCCCUAGUUCUGCUUCUCCUUUUCGCUCUUGGUCGUGAAGGUAGAAUAGGGAAAGGGAACAUUUGUAUUCCUCUUAUCCAAGAAAGUUGAUUGUGACACAAGACAGAGAAAGACUUGGAGAAGAGUUAAAAAAGGGGAAGGAAAACCUUCAAGUUCGCUUAAAUCAGUGGAGUCAUGAAUUCAAGAAGGGAUUAUCGUAGCACCAGAGCUGCUCUCUUUGAUGGCAUUGAAGAGGGUGGAAUCCGAGCUUCAUCCUACAGCUCUCAUGAAAUUGAUGAACAUGAAGAUGAUCGAGCUGUUGAAGGGCUACAAGACAGAGUAAAUAUUCUAAAGAGAUUGACAGGUGAUAUACAUGAAGAGGUUGAGGGUCAUAAUCGUAUGCUUGACCGAAUGGGCAAUGAUAUGGAUGCAUCUAGGGGAAUCCUCUCUGGAACAAUGGAUCGAUUCAAGAUGGUUUUUGAGACCAAAUCAAGUCGCAGAUUGGCUACCCUUGUGGCGUCUUUUGUAGCUCUCUUCUUGCUCAUAUAUUACUUGACCAAAUAGCUACCCAAGCUUUUUUUUUUUGUCAAUCUAGCACAAUUAGCUUCGUUAAGAACUUGAAAGCAUACCCUUAAUUCUGCCUAUGUUGUGAUUCUCAUAACAAUGUAUCAGUGUGUAUAGUAUUUCCAUUGCAACAUGUUAACAUAUAAGACCUAAUGCGCUGGUAACCUGUUUGGUUGAGAAUCUUAACAUUGUCAUAACAAUGUAUCAAGUUUUGGUGGUGGUUGUGACAAAAAGGUUUUAAAGGCAUUCAGCUGUA